GCGGGGGUUUGGGCCGCGGAUCUGCUCGGCGCCGGCGGCGGCCGCGGCAGGGGUCGCUCCGGGCCGGGUCAGGGGCACUGUCCCCGAGGCGAUGAUGGGCAAGGAGGAGGAGAUUGCGCGGAUCGCCCGGAGACUGGACAAGAUGGUGACCAAGAAGAGCGCGGAAGGGGCCAUGGACCUGCUGCGGGAGCUGAAGGCCAUGCCUAUCACACUGCACCUGCUCCAGUCCACCCGUGUCGGGAUGUCUGUCAACGCCCUGCGGAAGCAGAGCUCAGAUGAGGAGGUCAUUGCACUGGCCAAGUCCCUCAUCAAGUCCUGGAAGAAGCUCCUAGAUGCCUCUGAUGUCAAAACCAGGGAUCGAGGGAGGGGCAUGUCUUUACCCACAUCGUCCUCAAAGGAUGGCUCCGAGGCUGUGGACCCCAGCCGCAAGAGAUUAGAGCUGCCCAGGACGCCCUCCACCCCAAGGAUCACCACAUUUCCCCCAGUCCCUGUUACCUGUGAUGCUGUGCGCAACAAAUGCCGUGAGAUGCUGACGGCCGCUCUGCAAACGGACCAUGACCAUGUGGCUGUUGGUACGGACUGUGAACAUCUGUCGGCUCAGAUCGAGGAGUUCAUCUUCCGGGAUGUGGGAAACACAGACAUGAAGUACAAGAACCGUGUGCGGAGCCGUAUCUCCAACCUGAAGGAUGCCAAGAACCCGGACCUGCGGCGGAAUGUGCUGUGUGGCGUCAUCCCGCCCCAGCGGAUUGCUGUGAUGACGUCAGAGGAGAUGGCCAGUGAUGAGCUGAAGGAGAUCCGUAAGGCCAUGACCAAGGAGGCCAUCCGAGAGCACCAGAUGGCCCGCACAGGUGGCACACAGACAGACUUGUUCACCUGCGGCAAGUGCAGGAAGAAGAACUGCACCUACACACAGGUGCAGACGCGCAGCUCUGAUGAACCCAUGACCACCUUUGUUGUCUGCAAUGAGUGUGGAAACCGCUGGAAGUUCUGCUGAACCCUGUGCAGAUGUGCUGCUGCUGCGGGCCAUGGUUCCAGCGUUUUCAGUGAACACAGCUUCUUUGGAGACCCUUCUGAAGGCAGCAUGCCCUGUCCCAAGCCUGCCUGCCUGCCAUGCACCUUUCUGCCCUUUGCCCUCAUUAUUAAAUGUUUUGUUUUGCCUUCUUG